GGGGCGUUCGUUGAUGCUGACGCCACAGAGAGGAUCAUGCCGCAGCCCAGGUCUCGGAAAAUCGCCGUUUUGGGUUACAGGUCCGUGGGGAAGUCGUCCCUGACCAUCCAGUUUGUGGAAGGACAGUUUGUUGAUUCCUAUGACCCCACCAUAGAGAACACAUUUACCAAGACGAUGACAGUGAAUGGUCAGGAAUACCACCUGCAGCUUGUUGACACAGCUGGUCAGGAUGAGUACUCAAUCUUCCCACAGAGCUACACCAUAGACGUUGAUGGAUACAUCCUCCUCUACUCCGUCACCUCGUACAAAAGUUUUGAAGUGGUGCGAGUCGUGCAUGAGAAGCUUCUGGACAUGGUUGGAAAUGUACAAGUGCCCAUCAUUUUAGUAGGGAACAAGAAAGACUUGCAUUUGGAAAGAGUGAUUGGCUUUGAGGAGGGCAGGAUGCUGGCUGAGUCCUGGAACGCCGCCUUCCUGGAGUCAUCGGCCAAAGAGAACCAGACAGCAGUGGAGGUGUUCAGGAGGAUGAUUUUGGAGGUUGAGAAGAUGGAGGCAGGACAGCCACCGGGUCGGAUCUCCUGCUCGUUAAUGUAGGUCUGGGGGACUCUUCUUCCUCCCCCAGACCUCCCACCACCACUCCUGACCAGCUGACUGAGCCAGGCAGGAAUGAAUAACCGACCAGUCACAACUAUACAUUUAUCUACCCGCCGUGCUGGCAGGUAACCAGCCAUCGUUUGGUGGUCCCCUUCUGUAAUAAAAAAACAAUAUGGAUUAGGAAAUGGUGGAAAUUGGUGUUGAAUGUGAGCUCUACCAGCCACCUUGCCCUUAAAGCUACAAUCCUUUACAUGCAGCGCACACCUUUGUUUGCCCUUUACUUCCUGUCUGUGCUGUGUGACGAUAUCCAAUCCACAGAUAUUCAGAUCCUGCAGACUGUAGCAGUAUGUGAUGUGGAUGGUUGGUGUCUGGUAGGACUUGGCCAGGAAAAAUGAUAGGGUGCAUAGUGUUUUCAUCUUCAUCAUAGCAGCCAGAUGAGGAAGAGGAAGGCAGGUAGUGUUGAGUUUGAAAUGUUGAGUUCAGAAAUGACGUGCUUCAGGACUGUAGCUUUAAUUAAUCAGAAUUAGGUGGUCUUAAUCUGUUAUUCUAAGUUUGAGUUCCCUGUUAAGUUAUUAAAAGACACUGUUGUCAAUGGACAAGACGGGCUGUUUCCUUCCAGGUAAGAAAAUGGUUUGAUGUAGUUUAUUUAACGUAUGAUGUUCAAUUAUUGAAAGGACUGUAUUGGCAAUUUUAUGAUUUUACUCUAUUUUGUAAAACACUUGUUUCAGUGCAUUUUGUCAGUUUGUUCCCCUAAAAGCGCUUUAUAAAUUACAAAUAUUAUUGUUGUUAUUCUUUUAUGAUCAUUAUUACUAUUAUUACUUUGAGUUAAACUAUUUGUAGCUCUGGCUUUAAAGAUCACGUUUUCUAACGAGGUGGAAAGUUUUGAAAACUGUCAUCAACCCUGUGAUCCGCCUGCCUCUUCUACUAAUGUAAACUUUAUUGAUCCUGUAAGGAAAGCGCGUCUUUUUCUCUCUCGUUGUCCUCCACGCAGGAGGUCAGAGGUCAGAUGGUUGCCGUUGGUAAACCCAAGGGCCCCGUCGACCCGCUGACUCCGGCUCUGACCCCAAAGAUUUCAUUUUAUUUGAGAAACCUUUUUAUACAGACAGAGGAAUAUUUCUGUUUCUAUUCCUGUUCUCAUUAAAGCUGUGUACAAUCGUUUG